AUUCCCGUGCCGGAAACUGCCACAUUCAGCCAUGGGUGAAGCGGCUGCUCCCCACCAAGUCACUGCCGAUGAAAUUGAUUACAAAGAUCCUCCGUUUCCAUUGACCCCCAUUGAUCGCGAGGUUCUCGCCAGUAAGGAUGAGGACUAUCAUCGCAUUACGUGGGAGCACCUGAAGCGAAUAAUCGCGAACAACACGCUCGAAGACCUCAAACGCCUGCCAUCGGAUCUGCGGAAGUACCUCGCCUGGUCAUACAACAUCAAGAAGCAAUACGGCGGCAUCACGCCAUAUGUAAUUCAGAAAAGACUGCUGUGGAAGCCGCUGACCCUUUCUCCGCCAACUUUCGAGCAUGUCUCCGAAACACCUUUUCACGUGCGAUCUGACUAUGCUGUGCUCUUGAAUGAUUGGCCGUACGCAUUCACGCCUGGAAUAGCUCACAUCCUGGUCUGGAGCAAGACACCCAUAAAGACAGACGAUACACGCGGUGAUGUGACGCCGGAGAGCAGACACUUGAUAGAGCAAUUUGUGGCAGACUACUUUAUCAAAGAGCUCGGCGAGCAUGGAAGGGACAAUGUCUUGUGGUUCAAGAACUGGGUCAGCUUGCAAAGUGUGAGAGGUGUAGACCAUGUUCACGUUUUGGUCAAGGACGCUCCAGCAGAGCUGCUCGAGAAAUGGACAGAGAGGAAAGAUCUUUGAGUUCCAUUGGCAGAUGCCAGGCUGGCUACUAUCAACGGAUUGAGCACUCAUCCGCGCCGGUCGAAAUCAGAGACACAUUAUCAUCAUGCCGAUGGCGGGAUCGAUUGGCAGAAACGAUUGCACCCGGCUUGACGAGCUCCCUCGACCGCCAUCAUGCGAGCAACCGAGAAGGAGUCGAUAAUUUUCAGUCAAUGAUACUCGAUUGCACCAC